AAACAAAACAACAACAAUCGGCGAUCAAGUUCUGGGCGAAAAGGCGCGCAAUUAAAACUAACGUUUAGUUCGCUUUUGAAUUUCUCGCCGAGCGGUUGUGGCAUCAAGGGCCCGCUGGACAAACCGGUUUUCGAACUCCUACUGAUUGAUUUUCGAAAACGUGAUUGAAAACCCAAGUGCGAAGAAGCUCCGCCACAGCCUUUAAUUGAAAAAGGGUGUCAGCAUUGGCAUAGAAACGAAGCACAAGUGCAUUUUCACCUGCGGCAGCUGAAUUGAAGAGUUCCGGACAGCUGACUACGAGUCGAUAAGGCUCAAACAUGCUGGGUCUUUUGCUGUGGAUAUUUUUCGUCGGCCUGCUGCUGUGCGCAUUCCUCUUUUCGAAGACCACCAAGGAGUUCCCCAAGUCCUGGUUCGAGUGGAAGACGGAGUUUCGGUACCAGUACCUGGGAAUCGUUGGACUCGUCCAUGAUGCCCAGUAUGCGGCGCGGGAUCGAGUGGCACUUUAUAAACAACCGGAUCGCAUUGCUGUCAUCACCGGAGGCAAUCGCGGCAUCGGACUGCGGAUCGUGGAGAAGCUGCUGGCCUGCGACAUGACUGUCGUCAUGGGCGUUCGUGAUCCCCGAGGCGCUGAGGCCGCCGUCGCAUCAAUUGUAGACCUCACAGCUACCAAGGGUAAGCUUAUCUGUGAGCAACUGGAUGUUGGGGACCUAAAGUCGGUGAAGGCCUUUGCCCAGCUCAUCAAGGAGCGGUAUUCGAAGGUGGACUUGCUGCUGAACAAUGCUGGAAUCAUGUUCGCACCCUUUAAACUCACCGCCGACGGCUACGAGUCGCACUUUGCCAUCAACUUCCUGGGUCACUUUCUGCUCACCCAUCUGCUACUUCCCCAAUUGAGGGCGGCCGGCAAGGAGGGAAAGAAUGCCAGGAUCGUGAACGUCAGUUCCUGCGUGAAUCUCAUUGGGCGCAUCAACUACAAGGACAUCAACGGAACAAAACACUACUAUCCAGGAACUGCGUACAGCCAGUCGAAGCUUGCCCAGAUUUUGUUCACCCGCCAUCUGCAGACGCUGCUGGAUGCGGAAAAGUCGCACGUGCAGGUCAACGUGGUGCAUCCGGGCAUUGUGGACACGGAUCUGUUCGAGCACUCGGCCACCACAUCGGUGCCCAUGUUCAAGAAGCUCUUCUUCAAGACCCCAGAGCGCGGAUCGCGCACCGUGGUCUUUGCGGCCAUCGACCCCUCCAUCGAGGGUCAGGGCGGCACUUACCUCUCCAACGGCGGCAAGGGUCCAUUCCAUCCGGAUGCCAAGAAGCCGGCCAAGUGCGAGCAGCUCUUCCAGUUCUCUUGCGACCUGCUGAAGAUCCAGAACUACGGAAAUGGAGAGUUCUGAAAGAACCAUUUCGUACACACCCUCUCUCACAUUCCUUCUUCUAUACUGGUGCAACGUACUUUUCUAGAUUCCGUCACUUAUUUUGUAAAUCGAUUUCUUAGAUGGCUUUGUAUAAAACACAUUUUUAUAUAGAA